CCGCGAUCUAGCAGUGCGAUUCAAGCCAGCAACCAAGAUGGCGGCACAGGAGAGUGGAGCAACUCAGCAACCAAACGUGAGCAAUGGCGAGGUGAGCAGUAAUGGGUCUGCAGGUGGAGACCAGGCUGUUCAGGCUGCUGGGACUGCACAGGAUGCUCAGCCGCAACAACAACAACAGCAGCAGCAGCAGCCACCUCCCAAUGCAUGGCAGGUCAUCAAGGGAGUCCUCUUCAGGAUCUUCAUUAUCUGGGCCAUCAGCAGCUGGUUCCGUCGGGGCCCGUCCACGCCAGACCAGAGUACCCCAGCCGGAGCCCCGCGAGUCCCCAGCCGCAACCUGUUCCCCAAGGACACACUCAUGGACUUGCAUAUAUACGUCUCCCAGAACGAGAUAUUCUCAGACUUCAACAAUAGUGAUGCUCUUUUCUGGAGUCAGCGAGACCUGGUGUACGGAGACUGGACCACGGGGGAAGCUGGGGAUGGUUGUUAUGAGCACUAUGGGGAAAUGGACAUUCCUGAGAAUGUGAAGCAGAAUGGUUCCCUGUACAUCCAUGUCUACUUCACCAAGAGUGGGUUCCACCCAGAUCCCAAACGCAAGGGCCAGUACCGGCGCCUGGCCACAGUUCAUAGUUCUCGAAUGCUGAACAAGUUCAAACGCAGGAAGUUCCAGAAGACAAAGAACCUUCUCACUGGAGAGACAGAGGCUGACCCUGAGAUGAUCAAGCGUGCAGAAAGUCACGGUCCGGUGGAGGUGAUCUCCCACUGGCACCCAAACCUCACUAUCAACAUGGUGGAUGACCACACCGCCUGGGUGAAGGGCUCUGUGCCCCCACCCCUGGAUCAGCAUGUGAAGUUUGAUGCAGUCAGUGGGGACUAUUACCCAAUCGUGUACUUCAACGACUACUGGAACCUGCAGAAAGACUAUUUUCCCGUCAAUGAGACGCUGGAGAAGCUGCCGUUGCGUCUGUCCUUUUGCCCCCUCUCGCUUUGGCGCUGGCAGCUCUACGCUGCCCAGAGCACCAAGUCCCCCUGGAACUUCCUGGGAGACGAUACCUACGAGCAGUCCGACGAGGACCAGGACUCUGUCAAGGUGGCUUUACUGGAGACCAAUCCUUAUCUUCUCGGUCUGACCAUUGUCGUGUCCAUCGUCCACAGCAUCUUUGAGUUCCUGGCCUUCAAGAACGACAUCCAGUUUUGGAACAGCAGACAGUCCCUUGAGGGUCUCUCUGUGCGUUCAAUCUUCUUUGGGGUCUUCCAGUCUCUGGUGGUGUUGCUGUACAUCCUGGACAACGAGACCAACUUCGUGGUGCAAGUCAGUGUCUUCAUCGGGCUACUUAUUGACUUCUGGAAGAUCACCAAGGUUGUGGACGUGAAGCUGGACAGAGAGAACAGAAUUGUUGGAUUAUUUCCACGCUUGACUUUUACAGACAAGUCCACGUACGUCCAGUCCUCCACCAAAAUCUACGACGACAUGGCUUUUAGGUACCUUUCCUGGCUGCUGUAUCCACUGUUUGGCUGCUAUGCAGUCUAUAGCUUGAUAUACAUGGAGCACAAGGGCUGGUACUCCUGGGUGCUGGGGAUGAUGUAUGGCUUCUUGUUAACCUUUGGCUUCAUUACGAUGACACCACAGCUCUUCAUCAACUACAAGAUGAAGUCUGUGGCCCACCUCCCAUGGAGGAUGCUUACCUACAAGGCCCUCAACACCUUCAUCGAUGACCUGUUUGCCUUCGUCAUCAAGAUGCCCAUGAUGUACAGAAUAGGCUGCCUGAGAGAUGAUGUUGUGUUCUUUAUCUACUUGUACCAGCGUUGGAUCUACAGAGUCGACCCCAACCGUGUUAAUGAAUUUGGCACCAGUGGUGUAGACCACAUCAAGGACAGCACAGAGCAGGGGCCUGCAGGCAGUGAGGUCGCAGCCAUCUCAGACAAGCCAGAGGGGGAGAAGAAGAACGAUUAACUGCACAACACCACCCCUUUUCUCCAUCUUUACCUAGAAGCAGAAACCAGGCAGAAUUUCUAUUCCAUAGGCCACUGAAGUGAGACGGAGUCACUUUUGUUCUGUAAUGGACACUACAGCAAAUUCAGUAAAUUUUUCUUCCUCUGGUACAGUCUGCAACUCCGAUCAUAUUUAAUGUAGACUUCCCAUUUUUAAAGAAAAGAAACCCCCUUUUUUUGCAGUUUAAGUGAAGUAAAUGUUGUACUGUAUUAUGUGUUUUGGAUGCGUAAAGUUGGUGUUUUGGAGAGCUGUGUGUGGUCAGUGGGAGAGGGUUGGGGCACUAUUUUGUGGGCAAGGGGGGGCUCUAGUGCAUAUCACGGUGCCGUAUUUUAAAACGCGGCACAAGAAAGACCAUGGGCACUCUCUUAUUUUCUCUCUCUCCCUCCAGUCUGGAUAUCUUGUGACCUUUUCAUUCCAUGUGUGAGUAUUAAGCUUGGGGAAACCUGAUUUAACAUUGUAGACAGUGCUGUGGGCUGGUAAAUGUGCUGAGCAUAACUGUCCAAACAGUAUCUAGAAAAAUGAGCCCUGAAUUGUUUUAAUAAACAGUGGUUGAUGUCCAAGACACAAAAACAAGAACAGCCUUGUAGGUAUUAAUAUACAAUAGUAAUAUACUUUUUUCCAUUUUUUUUUGUAUGUUCUAAAACUGUACAGAAUUUCAGCUUGUAUUAAUAAUACUGAUGUCAACAGUCUAGCAGUAGCUAUUGUGCGACAAGUUGUUUUGCUCUGGACUGCUUUUUUUUAUUUUAUUUUUUAAAAUUCUACAGUCUGCAACUGCACUCCGAACAGGGGCUGCAGGACCCCACCUUUUUGAAGGAGUGAAUCCCAGUGACCAAUGUUUGUUUGCGAACUAUUCUCUUGCAGUUUGUUUUUUUUCCCCCAGAACUUGUCUAUUGUGGAGCGGAAGUACAGUUUAAAGGUUUUAUUCUUUGUGUACGAAUGUCUGCAAAUUUAAUUUAUCAAGAGAAAAAAAAGGAAAACUAAACCACCACGUAACUAGCUGUCCUGCUUCCUGACUAUAAAGAUCAAUGUAAUGUAA